UAACACUUUUGAAUGUCUUUGUGUCUGUUUGUGUGUGUCAAAUAUCUUAUGUGUUUUGGUUAAAAGCACCAAGAGUUGUUUUAGAUUCAAGGGUGAUAAAAAUAACGACCAAAGUCUAAAGUCUUACCGAUCUACUGCAUCACAUUCAUGGCACAUUAUGUUUCAAAUUAAUAGUAAAACAUAAGAUGGGUGCAAAUCAAAAAUGUUGUUUCACUUUAACAGGGACAUCCGUUGUACACAUAAUGACAGCAGGUUUGGCUGUUCUGAGGACAACAUGUUUAUAGUGGAGCGUGUUGAUAUUUAAAUAUUUUCCAAGUGACAGAGCUGAGACUGCAGACACAACAUCAUGGGGAGCCAAUGUUCAACGCUCAGGAAAACUAAAAGAAAGAAAGACCAGGAGAAAGAUGAACUUUCCACCAGAGUGGAAAAUGGAGAAACAUCUUCUCUUCUCCAUAGACAGCCAUCUCUGCAAAAGAAUGAGGAAGUCAGUAAGGAGGCAACAGAGGACACUUUGAGGAGAAAUGACGAUGAGGAAGUCACGUCCUGUCACAAACAGGGUUGUGGUGAGAAAAGCAGAGCUCUGCCCCAUGUUUUACCACAGUGUACUGCAGUUGGCACCCCAAGAUCUUCCCUGUCUGAAUUAUGUGAUCCUGCCUCAACCAUCACAGAGGAGAAACAUGCUAACUGGGUGGACAACAACAGGGCAAAGCUCAUUCAGAGCGUCACUUUAGUGAUGGUAAUAGCAGAUGAGAUGAUCCAGCAGAAGAUAAUUCAUAAUGAGACAUACAGCAAGAUCAAGGCUGCCGGGACCACCCAGGAGCAGAUGAGGGAGCUCUAUGGUGUCCUAACAACUACAAAAGCUAAAUCUGCCUUCUAUAGAAUCCUUAAGGACAUUCAGCCAGAAAUAUGUGAAUCAGAGGAUAUCAUCAAAGAAGUCAUCAAGAAACACAAAGAGUAUCUGAAGGAAAAGUUUAGAUAUGAGUUUGAAGGCAUUGAGAAAGAUCAGAAGGAUGCAAAAUCACUGUACAAAAUUUACACAGAGCUUCACAUUAUACAGGGAGAGAGUGAACAUGUCAAUUACGAACACGAGAUCUGGGAGAUUGAAGAUAAGACGAAGAGUCAAACAUAUGACGGCACUAAAAUCAACUGCAACGAAAUCUUUGGAAGUAUACCAGUAGAUAACAUGGCACCUGGGCAAGACAGAAGAGAAGUGAGAGCUAUCAGAACUGUGAUGACAAAGGGAAUAGCUGGAAUUGGAAAAACUGUCUCAGUGAAGAAGUUCAUCCUUGACUGGGCAGAUGGGAAAGCCAAUCGAGGCUUGGACUUCAUCUUUGUGCUACCAUUCAGGGAGCUGAAUCUGGUGAAAGAGGAUCAGUUUAGCCUGGAGACACUUGUGAAAGACUUUCAUCCAGAGCUGAAAAACACAGCAGUUGCAAGAAUAUUUAAUAAUCACAAAGUUUUGUUCAUUUUUGAUGGUCUUGAUGAAAGCCAACUUAAUCUUCAUUUCAAAGAAACCAAAAAACUGUCAGAUGCCACUCAGAAAUCAUCAGUGGACACUCUGGUGACCAACCUCAUCCGGGAACAUCUUCUUCCCUCUGCCUUUGUCUGGAUAACCUCAAGACCAGGAGCAGUUCAUCUUAUACCUCGCCAGUAUGUCUACCUGUGGACUGAGGUCAGAGGGUUUAAUGAUGAACAAAAAAAACAGUACUUCAGGAAGAGAAUUGAGGACAAGGCAAUCGCUGAAAGAAUUAUUAACAACAUUAUGAUGUCCCGCAGCUUAUACAUUAUGUGUCACAUUCCUAUCUUCUGUUGGCUUGCAGCAAAAGUUCUUGUUUAUUUGCUGCUAAAAAUGGACAACACUCAAGAAGAGAACAUAAAGAUACCCACAACUCUUACUGAGAUGUACACACACUUCCUUAGCAUUCAAAUGCAGGUAGCAACAGAAAAGUAUGACAUCCAAAAUGAGUUUGACACAGAGGAGAUCUUCAUUUCAAAUGAAGAAUUCAUUUUUAAAUUAGGCAGGAUGGCAUUUGAAUAUCUGAAAGAGGGCAAAAUCAUCUUUACUGGCAAUGAUCUGAAAAACUAUGACAUUGACAUACGCAAAGCUGGAGUUCACUGUGGGUUGUGCACAGAGAUAUUAAAAGAGGAGAAUGUGUUCCACACAAGAAAACUGUACUGUUUUGUACAUUUAACAGUCCAGGAGUACUUUGCUGCUCUCUUUGUGUACCGAAGUUUUGCAAGCAAAAAAAUACACUCCUUAAGCCUCAAGGAUUUCCUGCUUAUAGGGUCUGAGGAACACCUCAAGCCUAUCUUGGACGCUGAUCCAGUUGAUUUACCUUUGAACGAGCUGAUGGAAAUUUCAAUAGCUAAUUCAACUCUGAGAAAAACAGGAGAACUGGACAUGUUCCUCAGGUUCCUCAUUGGCAUGUCUGCACGGUCAACACAAGAACUACUUCAAGGCCUGAUUCAGCAAACAGAGGAACACUCGGAAGUUGUUGAGGAAAUUAGAACAAGUCUAAUAGAAAUAGAUUUAGGGGACUGCUCUCCUGAAAGAUGUCUGAACCUUGUUCACUGCCUGAUGGAGCUGAAAGAUAGUUCCCUACAUGAUAUGAUGCAGCAGUAUCUGAAGCCAAAUCACUACCCAGAAACCCAGCUCUCCCCUGUUCAGUGCUCAGUUCUGGCUGACUGCAUUCUAAUGUCAAACAGGCCUCUGGAUGACUUUGACCUGAAAAAAUACAGACCAUCAGCCAAAGGUCUUUUUAGGCUUCUCCCAGCUGUGAGGAACUGUAGAAAAGCAAGAAUCUCAGGGGUGGACCUUACUGUUUGGCCAUGUGAAACAAUCUCCUCAGCGCUACGAAUGCCAAACUCUGUGCUAACUGAACUGCAUAUGAUAAAUAGUAUAUUUUAUGACGAAGGUACAAAGAUCUUGAUUGAUGGACUGAUGGACUCUCAGUGUACACUGAAAGCUCUGAGUCUCUCAGGUUACGGACACUCACAAGAACAAAAGAUGGCAUCAGCUAUCAGAUCAGUCUUCUCAAAUCUAAGAGAACUGGAGCUGAGUGGCAACAUCCUGGGAGGAUCAUUAUGCCCUCUGCUUUCUGAUGGGUUAGGCCAACUGGAGAAGCUCAUACUGAACCGAAAUGCUAACAUUGUAGCAAUCUGUAAGAAGCUGGAGACAGCGUUCACAUCCAACCCAUGUUACCUGCAAGCGCUGGAACUGAGUUACACCAGCGUUACAGAUACAGAAAUGGAGAUCCUCUGUUCUGGGCUGAUGAGCACAAACUGUAAUCUGGGGACAUUAAGUCUCAGUCACAACAGGCUCACUGAGAAAGGCUGCAAGACGCUGGCCUCAGCGCUCAGUUCCAAACCGUCUUCCCUGACAGAGCUGGACCUGAGCUACAAUGACCUACAGGACCCAGGAGUGAAGGCACUCUGUAGUGCACUGAUGAACCCAUACUGUGCUUUGAAAACACUAAGGCUAUCAUUCUGUAAAGUGACGGGAGAUGGAUGUGCCUCCCUGACGUCAGCUCUGAGGUCAGAUCACUGCAGUCUCAGGGAGCUGGACUUGAGCUUUAAUCACCUGGAAGAUUCUGGCGUCAAAGUGCUGACUGAAAUACAGAGCAAUUCCUGCUACAGUCUGGAAAAGCUCAGCGUGGAACAAAGUGAAGAGUGCUGGUUCGACUUGAAGCUACUGAGAAAGUACGCCUGUGAUCUGACACUGGACCCCAAAACAGCGGGCAUUAAUUUACUUUUGACAGAGAAGAACAAAAAGGCAACAUUUGUUCAAGAGAGGCAGUCAUAUCCUGAUAAUCCAGAAAGAUUUCACUGCCGUCAAGUACUGUGUGAAGAGGGUCUGAGUGGUCGGCAUUACUGGGAGGUUGAGUGUGUUUCAGCUGACGUUGGAGUGGCAUAUAAAAGUAUAGACCGAAAUGGAGAUGCGUCAAGUGAAUUUUCUCUGGGAAAAAACGAAAACUCUUGGUGCUGGUUUUCUGGAGGGAGAAUUUAUCAUAACAACUCUGAAAUUACUGUAUCACACUCCACACACAGAAGUACGAUAGGAGUGUAUCUGGACUGGCCACUGGGUAUUCUGUCCUUUUUUGAGGUCUUUCCUGAUACACUGACUCACCUGUACACUGUCCAUACAACUUUUACUGAACCUCUCCAUCCUGGUUUUCAUCUGGGUGAUGGUUCAAUUUACAUUUGUAAAAUAAAGUAAUCAAAAAUCUUUGUCACUCAAAAACAGCCAAUCUGUGCUGGUUAGAUGAAAAAAACACUGAUACUAAUACAUUUAAUACUUUGUGAAAGUAAGGACAAAUAAACAGUCAAGUAUUGCUCAACCUAGAAAAUAACACACACACACACACACAAACACACCUGGAUCUCCUGAACCAGUGAUACUCCUCUUCACAGUAGCAGACCAGAUGCAGCUUGUACAUGCUGAUUUGCAUUCCUUCUCACCCUUCACUCCUUUCUUGCCUACUUUUAUUUUUAACUGACAUGCCAGAAUAUGUUCAUCUGCAAGCUUCCUGUUGGAAUGUGAUUUUUAUCCUUAUCUGAUGUCGAGUCAAAAGUGAAACUACAUGCACUAAGAAAGAGUCUCCUCUUCCCUGCUUCUUGAAUAUGAAUUCUUUUUUAUGUACUCUGUACAGCAUGUGUGUUUUAAGAUAAACUGGGAGGACAGAUGGAAAGUUCAGGAACAUGUUUGUGUGCAUGGAUUUUAGAGGAAAUACCUUGUGACUGUAACACUUAGUUUUGAAUGCUGUUAUAUUUGGAGAGGGAUCUCUGUGUGUGACCUUUCAUUUUGAAAAAUUGUUGUCUAAUUUUAUUGAAGUCUAAUAAUAAUGCUAAAAAUAA